GAGAUAGAGCCAUAAACAAAGGACAAAUGCCCCAUUAAAAGGUCGUGCCGUAGUGGCAUCUACUAGGAGCUCACUGAGGACAAGACUAGAUUUAUGGUCUCAGUCCUUCAAAAAAUUAUGUUCAUCUUGUUUUUUAUGCACAUUUGUUUGGGUUUGGCUGCCCACUAUGAACUUUGCUUGCUUUACUUAAACCCUCUUGCUUCUCUAUUGUAUUCACCAUCAACCAGAGCCAACUCCUUCCAUGUUCUGUUUUUUUCUUGUAUUUGACCUUCUAUCUGUGAAACUCCAUAUAAAUCAAACGACACCGCUCAUGGCAGAGAAGCUAAAUGUGCUUGUGCCACAUAUGUGAAUGGAGAGAAAAUAAGUGGCCAAAUGGGUUGCUAAAACCAAGACGGAGAGCAAUAAGUGUAGGACGCCCCUCAAAGUUGAUGCCAGUAGCUUUUCUUGGCCAUCUACUUUCAGUUUCAAUUUUGUUCUUCAGAUUCUAUUUCCUUCAAAACAAGAAUAAGAACAAGAACAGAAUUUAAGUUGUUGCAAUCUGACGGGCAUUGUGCCAAAAGUGAGAGUUCGGAAAGAUAAACUAGACACUGAAAACAGAGGCCUGCAGAUUCAAGACAAUACAAGCAACUGUUGUGUGAUUAGCAAAGGAAAAGAUGGGUGAAGAACAAGGCAAAGACAAGAAAGCCAAGGAAGCAAAGUACCACAAGAGCUACUUCGACGUGUUAGGCAUCUGCUGCACAUCCGAAGUCCCCUUAAUUGAGAAGAUUUUGAAGCCUCUUAAUGGAGUCAAUAAGGUUUCCGUGGUUGUUCCAACCAAGACGGUGAUUGUGGUACAUGACAGCAACCUCAUCUCGCAGCAGGACAUACUUAAGGCUCUGAACCAGGCAAGACUCGAAGCUACAAUUCGCACACAUGGAUCUGCAAGCGUUCCCAAGAAAUGGCCAAGUCCAUACAUUUUGGCUUGUGGAGUGCUGCUACUUGUCUCGCUCUUCAAGCACUUCUUCCAUCCUCUUAAAUGGUUUGCUAUAGCAGCUGUUUCAGUCGGCAUUGUGCCGAUUAUUUUGAGAGGCGUCGCAGCAAUUCGACGGCUUACGCUGGACAUCAACAUCCUUCUGCUCAUUGCAGUUGCUGGGGCCAUUGCGCUCGGGGACUAUUCAGAAGCAGCCUUCGUUGUAUUCUUGUUCACAGUUGCUGAAUGGUUGGAAACAAGGGCCAGCCACAAGGCUACUGCUGGGAUGUCAUCACUGAUGAGCAUGACUCCUCAGAAAGCUGUUCUAGCUGAAACAGGUCGAGCUGUGGGCGUCGACGAUGUCAAAAUCAAUACCAUCAUUGCUGUCAAAGCUGGAGAAGUAAUCCCAAUAGACGGAAUUGUAGUUGAUGGACAGUCUGAAGUUGACGAGAAAAGCCUCACCGGAGAGUCCUUCCCAGUAGCCAAGCAAGCCAACUCCCCGGUCUGGGCUGGAACACUCAACCUAGAUGGUUAUAUCAGUGUCCGAACGACCGCUCUUGCUGAGAAUUCCGCCGUUGCUAGAAUGACAAGAUUGGUCGAAGACGCACAAAACAGCAGAUCAAGCACACAGAGGCUGAUAGAUUCUUGCACAAAGUAUUACACACCGGCCGUGGUGAUAGCAGCUGCAGUAAUCUCAAUUACGCCUCUGAUAACGAAGGUUAAACAUCCCAGAAGCUGGUUUCAAUUGGCACUGGUCCUUCUUGUGAGCGCAUGCCCGUGCGCACUCGUGCUAUCAACACCUGUGGCAACUUUUUGUGCACUCCUGAAAGCUGCAAGAGUAGGGCUUCUCAUAAAAGGUGGAGAUGUUCUUGAAUCCCUCGCCAAAAUAAAAGUCGUGGCAUUUGACAAGACUGGAACCAUAACAAGAGGAGAGUUCACCAUUGUGGAAUUCCAAUCCACAAGCAGCAAGGUCACCCAGGAUACACUUCUUUACUGGGUUUCAAGUAUUGAGAGUAAAUCUAGCCAUCCAAUGGCUGCUGCAUUUGUUGAACAUGCUAGGUCACGUUCCAUUGAACCAGAACCAGAAUAUGUAAAAGAAUUCUGCAUCUACUCUGGAGAAGGAAUAUAUGGAGAAAUGCAGGGAAGAAACAUUUAUAUAGGAAACCAAAGAAUAGCAGCAAGGGCUUCAUCUGAGACAGUUUCGAGCUCGGAGAGACAUGAAGGAGUCACCUUUGGAUAUGUGUUCUUGGACAUGAUUCAAAUUGGAAGAUAUGCCCUCUCUGAUACAUGCAGAGCAGGGGCUGCAGAAGCUAUCAAGGAGUUGAAAUCACUAGGCAUAAAAACAGUGAUGCUUACAGGAGACAGUAAAGAAGCAGCGAUGCAUGCACAAAGCCAGCUAAACCAAGGCAUAGAAGAAGUGCACGCAGAGCUUCUACCCGAAGACAAAGUUAAACUGAUAGGUGACCUCGAGUCGAGGGAAGGCUACACGGCCAUGGUUGGCGAUGGAAUGAAUGAUGCACCAGCUUUAGCUCUGGCAAGCGUAGGAAUCUCAAUGGGGAUAUCAGGUUCAGCAGUUGCCAUGGAGACAAGCCACAUCACUCUCAUGUCAAAUGACAUAGGUAAGAUUGCCAAGGCAAUUAGGUUGGCAAGGAAAACACGUUACACGGUCAUCACAAACAUAGUCUUCUCCAUCGUCACUAAGAUUGCCAUUCUAGCACUUGCAUUUGCCGGGCACCCACUGCUAUGGGCUGCUGUCCUUGCCGACGUUGGCACUUGUCUGCUGGUGAUCUUAAACAGCAUGACGCUGCUGCAAUCAAAAACUUCUUCCGGGAAAAAAUGCUGCGGCUCGUCCCACAAGCCAAAAAGUGCAUGUGGAUCAUCAAGCACUUGUGCCCAGUCCGGUUGCCAUGACCACAGGAAGGCUAAUGAUGAAACAUGCGACCAAGAUCAUCAUGCAGAAUCACCAUGCCGUUCCCGCUGUGGCCAUGCACGAGGUGUAAACGAAGAAAUUAUGCACGACACUUGCAUGGACCAGAGUCGUCAAGCAGAAUCACCAUGUCAUUCCCGUUCUCACUGUGGCCAUGCACAAGGUUCAGAGGAGCAAAGUGUGCACGAUCAUUGCCACUCUCAUUGUGGCCAAACAAUGUAUUUAAAGGCAAUUAGUACUCCAACACAAGAACACUCGGUAUCAAUUGCUGAUGAUGCAUGCCAGAAACAUGGUUGUGAGCAGGACACAAGCCUGGCCUGCAUAAACGAAACCAGUCAAAAGAAUGCUGGGUGUUGUGGCAGCGACGCAAAUAAGUGUGGCAAGGAAGAGGGUUGCUCAUCUUCACAGGGAAUAAUAACAGGGAGAAGAGAAACUGGUGGAUGCUGCAGGAGCUACAGAAAGGCCUGUACUGGAAAGAAAGAUAGCUGUUGUGCAAGUGAAAGAAUACAACUACCUGAAAUCAUAACAGAGUAGAAGAUCACGAGUAGUCUAUCUAUAUUAGGAUGAAAAAGAUCACUUUGAAAUGGAGCCAUCCAACUAAGGAGCUUUUAUUCUCCUUGUCGAAUAAGAUCAGGAGUAUGAUAUUGAAUUUGGAAUGGGAUUCCUUGGGUAGUCCUUUUUUAAUCAUACAGUUUUAGAGCUCAAGAUGAUCAUUCAACCAACCUAAUAUUGCAAAUUGUAAGCUUCUUAAUUAGUCUCCUCGUGAUGUAUUUCAGAAUUGCAAACAUACAGAUAUAUAAAUCUACUUUGCUA